UGCCUGGGCUUGGCCGGCCGCGCUUCAGCACCCGCCGACCCGGACAGCGCCUGCUGCAUGGAGCUGCCCGCCGCGGCCGGGGACGCACUCGGGAGUCCAGCCGCCACCGCCCUCGUCUCCUUCCCCGGGGGCCCCGGGGAGCUGGAACUGGCGUUAGAGGAGGAGCUGGCGCUGCUGGCAGCCGGGGAGCGGCCGUGCGACCCCGGCGAGCAUCCUCAGGCCGAGCCCGGGCCUCUGCCCGACGGGGCCGGGCCGCAGUCACCGCCCGUCCAGGAUCCCGAGCUGCUGUCGGUGAUCCGGCAGAAGGAGAAGGAUCUGGUGUUGGCGGCCCGGCUGGGCAAGGCGCUGCUCGAGAGGAACCAGGACAUGAGCCGGCAGUACGAGCAGAUGCAUAAGGAGCUGACGGACAAGUUGGAGCACUUAGAACAAGAGAAACAUGAACUGAGAAGACGAUUUGAGAACCGAGAAGGAGAGUGGGAAGGGCGAGUGUCCGAGCUUGAGAGUGACGUGAAGCAGCUUCAGGAUGAGUUGGAAAGGCAGCAGGUGCACCUGCGGGAAGCAGAUCGAGAAAAAACGCGGGCAGUGCAGGAACUGUCCGAGCAGAACCAAAGGUUACUGGAUCAACUCAGCAGGGCAUCAGAAGUUGAGAAGCAGCUCUCCAUGCAAGUCCAUGCUCUCAGAGAAGACUUCCGGGAGAAGAACUCUUCAACCAACCAGCACAUCAUCCGACUUGAGAGUCUGCAGGCUGAGAUCAAGAUGCUGUCGGAUCGGAAACGAGAGCUGGAGCACCGUCUCAGCACCACCUUGGAGGAGAAUGACCUGCUGCAGGGGACCGUGGAGGAGCUACAGGACCGGGUGCUGAUCCUGGAGAGGCAGAGCCAUGACAAAGACCUACAGCUGCAUCAAAGCCAGCUGGAGCUCCAGGAGGUCCGGCUCUCCUACCGGCAGCUGCAGGUGAAGGUGGAGGAACUCACUGAGGAGAGGAGUCUACAGAGCUCCACCGCCACCAGCGCAUCCCUCCUGUCGGAGAUCGAGCAGAGCAUGGAGGCCGAGGAGCUGGAGCAGGAGAGGGAGCAGCUGAGACUGCAGCUCUGGGAAGCCUACUGCCAGGUCCGCUAUCUCUGCUCACACCUCCGAGGGAAUGACAGUGCCGAUUCCGCCGUCUCCACGGACUCCUCGAUGGACGAGUCCUCAGAAACCUCGUCUGCCAAAGACGUGCCCGCUGGGAGCCUGCGCACUGCCCUCAACGAGCUUAAGAGACUGGUCCAGAGCAUCGUGGACGGCAUGGAGCCCACGAGCUCCCGGAGAAUUGACGAUGACUCCUUAGAAGAACAGAUAAGGCAGACCAGUGAGGACUCAAGAGCCCUAAGGGAACUCAUGGAGGGAGAGAGGGGUAAACUGAGGCAAAGCCUAGAAGAGCUGCAGCAACUCCACAGUCAGGUGACACUGCUGAGUGUGGAGAUGACUGCACUGAAGGAGGAGAGAGACCGCCUCAGAGUGACAUCUGAGGACAAGGAGCCAAAGGAACAGCUUCAGAAGGCCAUCAGGGACCGGGACGAGGCUAUUGCAAAGAAGAAUGCUGUGGAGCUGGAACUCGCCAAGUGCAGGAUGGACAUGAUGGCUCUCAACAGCCAGCUGCUGGACGCCAUUCAGCAGAAACUGAGCCUCUCGCAGCAGCUGGAGGCCUGGCAGGACGACAUGCACAGGGUGAUAGACCGGCAGCUGAUGGACAAGCACUUGAAGGAGCGGAGUCUGCCGGCAUCUUCCUUCUCCAGGGGCCACGGCGCAGGGCGGGCGGAUGAGCCUGGCGCCACGGAAGGCAAACGGCUCUUCUCGUUCUUCAGGAAAACUUAA